AUGGCGACCACAACGACUACAGCGAUGGCUACAGGAAAUAGUACUGUGCGGGUGAGCCCACAGGGUGGCAUCCUCGAGGGGGAAACCCGACUACUGCUGUUCAUCAUCCAAGCUGGCAUAAUUAUCAUCCUCUGCCGUCUGAUUCACUGGCCUCUCUCCAAGAUCCGCCAGCCGCGGGUCAUCGCAGAGGUCAUUGGCGGGAUCGUGUUAGGGCCAUCAGUCAUGGGCCGUAUCCCCGGCUUUACAGAAACGAUCUUCCCAACAGCUAGUAUUCCCAGUCUGAAUGUUGUCGCAAAUCUGGGACUGGUGCUAUUUCUCUUUCUUGUCGGAUUAGAAACCGACCUCCGCUUCCUCGUGAGCAACUGGCGCAUUGCGUUGAGUGUUUCUGCCGCCGGUAUGAUCCUUCCUUUUGGUCUUGGUUCGGCCAUUUCAUAUGGUCUUUAUCAUGAGUUCCAUAAUGAUGGAAACACCAGACCAAUUGAAUUUGGAACAUAUUUGCUGUUCAUUGGUAUUGCCAUGGCUAUCACGGCGUUCCCUGUUUUGUGCCGUAUCCUUACCGAGUUGAAACUGCUAUCCACUCGCGUUGGUGUUAUUGUGCUGUCAGCCGGUGUGGGCAACGAUGUUGUAGGCUGGGUCCUACUGGCUCUUUGUGUUGCGCUUGUCAAUGCGGGGAGUGGUAUCACCGCACUAUAUGUUUUACUCGUUUGCGUGGGAUACAUGCUCUUCUUGACAUAUGCUUUCCGCCCAGUGUUCUUGCGUUUCCUUGAGAGAUCGGGAAGUUUGCAAAAGGGGCCUAGUCAGUCGGUUGUUGCGCUGACUUUGCUCAUUGCUCUCGCAUCUGCUUUCUUUACGCAGGUUAUUGGUGUUCAUGCUAUCUUCGGCGGCUUUGUCAUUGGGCUGAUCUGCCCUCACGAGGGUGGUUUUGCUAUCAAGCUGACCGAGAAGAUUGAGGAUUUGGUCGCUGCUCUCUUCUUACCGCUUUAUUUCACGCUCUCUGGGCUGAGUACUAAUCUCGGGUUGCUUGACUCUGGCCUUGUUUGGGGAUAUGUGGUUGGAGUCAUCGCCAUUGCCUUCAUCGCAAAGGUUGCUGGUGGCGCCCUGGCAUCCAGAUGGUGUGGCCUAUUGUGGCGUGAAAGCUUUUCAAUUGGCGUGCUUAUGAGUUGCAAAGGAUUGGUGGAGUUGAUCGUGCUGAACAUCGGCCUGCAAGCCAAGAUCCUGAGCACUCGCACUUUCACCAUUUUCGUCGUGAUGGCUCUAGUAACAACCUUUCUCACAACGCCCCUUACAACAUGGCUCUAUCCAAACUGGUACCAAGUCAAAGUCGAACGCUGGCGACGCGGCGAAAUAGACUGGGAAGGCAACCCAAUACAGCCAGACACCCGUAACAACAGCAUAACCCAAGCAAAAGACCAUCUGAACAAAGCACCCGUGCGCAAACUCCUCGUCUAUCUCCGCCUAGACGGUCUAUCCGGAAUCUGCACCCUAGCAGCGCUCCUAAGCACAAACCGCAGCACCCCAACUCGUCUGCACCCGGCGAAAACCCCCAAACAAACCGACCAAACAAUCGAAGACCAAACCCCCGAAACAGAAGCCGAGACAGACGAAUCUUUGCUUCGCGUCCACGGCGUCAGACUGAUCGAACUAACAGACCGCCACUCUAGCGUAAUGAAAGUCGCCGCAGCAGAAGAACACGCACUAUGGGACCCAGUCGUAAACACCUUCCGCGCCUUUGGCGAGUGGCACGAUCUCUCCCUCAUGGCCGGCGUAUCCAUCAUCCCGGAAUAUUCCUACGCGGACAGUAUAGUCGACAUGGCAGCAAACGAAACAACCGAUCUCCUCUUGCUCCCCUGGAGCGAAACAGGCACACUAGCCGACCGCCAAAACGGACUCGAAGUCGACGCGACGAACCGUUUCGCAAAUGGUGUCUACACGAAUUUCAUGUCUGAUGUCCUGAACCGCGUACACGGCCAUGUUGGCAUCUUCAUUGAGCGGGGCUUGCCUUCGACUGUGAAGCGGCCCACGCUGGAUCGCACGACUAGCGGGAUGAGUAUUCAGUCUUCCAUGUGGGCUAGAUUGCCUACGGGGAAUCGGUCGCAUCAUAUUGUGUUACCUUUCUUUGGGGGCGUUGAUGAUCGGUUUGCGUUGAGGUUGCUUCUGCAGCUUGUGCGGAAUGAUCAUGUUACUGCUACUGUUAUCCAGAUGGGGGUGUUGAGUGCUGACAUUGGGAAGAUGGGCACUACCACGACUACUGCUGUUGGAUCCGCUUCGGGAUCGAUGGAGUCUGCUGCGUCGAUGUCGCAGUCAGAUCUUGCUUUCUUUGAGACUGUUCGUGAUUCUUUGCCUGAGGAAGUGCAGGAUCGUGUUGUUUUUUCUCAGCCUGCGGUCCAGGAAUCGAUUACUGAUCUUGUUCGCAUGGCUGUUGUUGCUGUGCGGGAGGACUUGGAUCAGACGUCGAAUAAGGCGAAUAAUAUUGUGAUUGUUGGGCGACGGAGUGGUACUUCCGAUGUUGAGUUGGCUAUUUCUGAUGAUGGCAUUGGGAAUGAUACGCGACAGACUCUUGGUGCAUUGGGGACGGCGAUGGUGCAGCCCGAGAGUAAGAUCUUUGGGAGUACACUUGUUCUUCAGGCUGGAUCAGCGUCGGCGGCGGAGUAUUAUUGA